AUGUGGACUCAUGUAUUCUACAUUAAUUUGCUUUCUUCAUUUUACAGUAAUGCUAUAUUGUAAACUAUUUACAAUACUAUUAUGAGUUCUCGCCGUUUAUUGUGAGUGGAAUGUCGUAAACGAAACUAAACUGCGAAGUUUGGGUACAAAUAUUUUUUUAAGGUUGUAGAGUGAUGUUACCUCAAAAAGAGAUGCUUUUUUGCACAUUUAUCUUGUUCUCUUUAUUUUGUUUUUUAUCUCUGACUGAUGCAGAUAAGUUAUUGGCAGUGAUGAAGGGAGAUUCUCUCACGCUACACCAUAAUCUCUCUGUUUCUAACAUACAGAGAAAUGAUGAGAUCGAGUGGAGGUUUGAAGGCACUCGCAUCGCUAGAGUGAUUGUGCCCAAUUCAGAAUAUUAUGAUGAAAACACAUUCAAAGACAGACUGAAGCUGGAUAAUCAGACUGGAUCUCUGACCAUCACAAACACCAGAACCACAGACUCUGGACUUUACCAACUAAAGACCAUUAUAGGGUUUAAGGAAUCAAUCAAGAGAUUCAAUGUCAAGGUUUAUGAUGUAGAGAAGUUGCCAGUGACAGUGGGAGAUUCUCUCACUCUAAACCCUAAUCUUACUAACAUACAGAGAAAUGAUGAGAUCGAGUGGAGGUUUGAAGGCACUCGCAUCGCUAGAGUGAUUGUGCCCAAUUCAGAAUAUUAUGAUGAAAACACAUUCAAAGACAGACUGAAGCUGGAUCAUCAGACUGGAUCUCUGACCAUCACAAACACCAGAACCACAGACUCUGGACUUUAUCAACUAAAGACCAUUAUUGGGUUUAAGGAAUCAAUCAAGAUAUUCAAUGUCACGGUUUAUGCUCCUCUGCCCAUUCCUGUCAUUACCAGAGACUCUUCACAAUGUUCUUCAUCAUUAUCAUCCUCAUCAUCCCAGCAGAAUUGUUCACUGCUGUGUUCAGUGGAGAAUGUGGGUGAUGUGACUCUCUCCUGGUACAAAGGAAACAGUUUAUUGUCCAGCAUCAGUGUGUCUGAUCUCAGCAUCAGUCUCUCUCUUCCUCUGGAGGUGAAAUAUCAGGAUAAUAACAGCUACAGCUGUGUGAUCAACAAUCCUAUCAGAAACCAGAUCACACAUCUGGACAUCAGCAAACUCUGUCACACAUGUGCAGCCAGACUCAAUUCUCCAGACUCUGUAUCUGUGAUAGUGGGGAUCUUUGUCGCUGGAUCUCUGUUUAUUAUUAUUAUUAUGUCUGGAAUGUUUUGUAUCCACAUGAAUCACAGAGAUGCAGUUCAGACCUAUGAAGAUGAGACAUCUCAAGCUGCAAUAUUCUACAAACAGAUUGACAUAACACAAUUCUACAAACAAAUGAGGGAGUCUGAAAUGACCGAGGUGAUUUACACACAUUUCAUCCCAGAACAAUGAUCAAACUAUUUCUGAUACUCAGUUUCCUCACCUUGAUGCAUUAAACACAGUAACAACUUCUCCGAACAGUUACUGUUUACAGCAUAAUUUGUGUGUGUGUGUAUUUUCUAAUAUGUAUAUUAUUAGUGAUUUUGAAUUUAUUGUGACCUUGAUGUGUGAUUCAUUUAGAAUGAAUGUUAAAAGGUAAAUCAGUAGUGCAGUGUUUAGCCUCACCUGAAUGGUAGAUAAAAAGGGGACAUCCUAUUAACCCAUAAACUUCAAGUAAAUAGUAAAUUACAUACAGAAUUUCGGGUCUAAUAUUUAUGUCCACAUAUGAUCACAAUAAAAUAUUUGGGCUAUUCAUUAAAACAGAACAAACUCCUGUGUACUUGAAGCAUGCUUUCCCAUUUCAGUGACUUUAAGUGGCAUUAACAUUAAAAAUAAGUGAAAUAAAGUUGUCACUUAAUAUUAGUCAUG